AUGCGCGGUCGGCGGGGCCCGAUGCAACGGCCUCUGGAGGGCGAGCCGCACCUGCAGGCCCGCCGGGCUUGGUCACGCGCCCGCCACAGCAGGCGGCGGGUCCGCCUGGCUCCGGGCCGCGAGUACUGCCGGGACCCUCAAGCGCCGGGCGGCUUCAUCGUGGCUGACAGCAACCCGUUUGGCGGCAGCGGCGACGGCGACGGCUUUGGCGGGUGGGAUGACGACUUCACAGUGGAAGAGGCGCUCGGUGGGGCGCCGCAGGCGCAGGCACAUCCGGAGCAGCGGCAGCAGCAACAGCAGCAGCAGCAGCGGCACUUGGCUGACCAUGCUGUCAAAGGAGUCGACGAAUUAUCCAGCUGGGGUCAGCACGCUGCGCCGGCCGUUGCACCACAGCUGCCGCGGAAGCUUGAGCAGCAGCGUGCCCCGUCGCAGCAGGCGGAGCGGGAGCAGCCGGAGCAGCAGCAGCUGGAGCAGCAGCAGCUGGAGCAGCAGCAGCUGGAGCAGCAGCAGCUGGAGCAGCAGCAGCUGGAGCAGCAGCAGCUGGAGCAGCAGCAGCGGCAGCAGCAGCCGGUAGAGGACCAGGUAUUGCCAGGAGAGGGAGCAGGCCCCCAACAACGUGGCAAGCUGCACCACGACACCAGCCUCGCAAGCUGGAUGGCCGAGCGCCAGAGCCGCAACGCAAGCAGCGCGGGCGGCAGCGGCGGCGGCGCGCUGGCGGCACUGCGGGAGCAGCCGCCGCCGCGACCGGACGAUUUGGUGGACCUGCGGCCAAACAAAAGCUGGGAGGUGGUUGAUGAUGACGGCAGCAGCUUCUUUGGCGAGCCUCCUGCCGCGCUAGGGCCACAGCCAUGGCACCUGCAGCAGCAGCAGCAGCAGCAGCAGCAGGAGCAGCAGCAGCAGCAGGAGCAGGAGCAGCAGCAGCAGCAGCAGCCUGAGGCUGCAUCUGUGGCUGUUCCAGCCCCGCAGCCCGCGCCGCAGCCUUCAGCCGCGGCAUGGCCGUCGCCCGCCGCGGUGGCAAUGCCAGCUGCCGACUCGUUUCAACCAGGGCCGCCUGCCCCCGCGCCGCUGUCGCCGCCGAGGCAGCUGUCGCGGGGGCCGUUUGAAUCUUCGGGCGGUGCGGAGGACGCAGACGCGGCGGCGUUUUUUGCAGAUGUGGACGCGGCAGCCCAACCCCCAUUGCCCUUUGCCUCGGCACCUGUGGCGGUUGCACCAGCAACCGCGGCCCCCGCGGCGGCGCUCGCAGCUGGUGCUGGCGCGCACCCUUUGCCGGCUCCUCCUGGCGGCUUCGUGAGCGCCAACGCGCCUGCCUUUGCGUUUGGCGACGAUGACGGCUGCGCUUUCUUUGGUGGCGAGGAGGACGAGGCCCCGGCGGCCUCUGCGCAGAGCGGUCCGGCGCCUGCGGCGGCACCAUUCUCGGGCACCAGCCGCAGCCACGGCAGCGGGCCGCCGUCGGGCACGUCGUCGCACGCUGUGGGGGCACCGAGCGGCGCAGCCGCGGGUGCAGGCUCGCAGCACGCGCCAGGCCACGGACUGGCUGUGGUGCAGCCGGGCCCGCCGGUCAUUGCUUUUGGCAGCGGCGGCACCAGUGGGUAUGGACCUUACGGGCCGAGCAGCACUGGUGCAGGGGCAGGCAUGCUCACAGUCGAUGAUGGCAGCGACUUCUUCUCGUCGGGGCCCGACGGCGCUUCCUCAGGGCUCGCGGUAGGCGAGACUGGCGCUCCGCCGGUGCAGUGGGAGCCGCAGCCAAGCACCUGGGAGCCGCAGCAGCAGCAACAGCAGCAGCAGCAGCAGCAGCAGCAGCAGCAGCAGCAGCAGCAGGAGCAGGAGCAGCAGCAGCCGGAACAGCAGCACGAAGCAGGUGCCGGGAUCCAUCACCAGCAGCAGCAUGAAGUGGUUUCCAAAGCCCAGGCGCGGCAGGAGCACGAGCAGCAGCACCCAUGGCAGCCGCUGCCACUGCCGCAGCACAAGCCGCCAUCACUGUUUGGCCACCAGCCACUUGGGGCUGACGAUGACGGCAGUGCCUUCUUUGGGGACGGGCAGGACGAGACCGAAGCAGCCGCGUCCGCUGCGACUCAGUGGGAUCAAACGCCGCCGCCGCCGCCGCAGCAGCCGCAGCCGCGGUCGCAGCAGCAGCAGGCUGAGCCUGAGCAGCAGUAUGAAACAGAGGCACAGCAGCAGCAGCAGCACCAGCAGCAGCAGCAGGAGGAGGUUGCGGCGUGGCACCCUCACGACCCGCAGCAGGGCCAGUGGCAGCCGCCCCAACAGCAGUCUGAAGCCACCGCGCAGCCGCACCCUGAGCACCAGCAGGACGGCUUCGGCCAAGACCUCGGCAACGAGGGCGGCGGCGGCGGCGGAUGGCAGACGGAGGCGGCCCAUGGCUACGGCGCGGCGGCCGUUGGCAGCGGCACGGGCGUCUCCUACCCACCCAGCGGCGGCGGCUCCCUCCGCCUGACCACGGCCCUCGCGCUGCCUCACGCCCUCAGGAGCGACUGCCCCGGCGCCCCGCAGCCGCAGGCCGCCGUGUCCGCCGCCGCGGCCGAGGAUCCUGGGAUCAGCCUGGCAGCUGCCCACCGGCUGCUGGACGGGUUCCCGGGGCCGCUGGCGCCGUCCUCGGGGCGGGAGAAGCUGCAGAAAUGGCUGAAAGAGCGCGCGGAGCGCUGCGAUGCUGAGGAGGGCGCGGGCGUGCCUGGGGAGCGGCGGGAGGCAGCGGCCAGCCUCUGGGAGGCGCUGCUGCUGAUGGCCAGGCACGGCGGCCACCUGCGGCCGUCGCAGGGUGGGUGGCUGUGGUGGGUUGGCUAG